AGUUUCAAGAUGGCGGCGCCCACUGUGUCAGUUUCGCAAGGAGGCGUAGUGAAGCCACUUAAUCGUCUUCUUCAAGAUCCAUCAAAGCAGUCCAUUGGAUUCCUAUUGGGGACAGUCAAGGAGGGACUGACAACCAUUCUUCAGUGCUCGGCUAUUGAUAACAAUUUUCCAGACAAUGGUGAUAGGAUAGGACCAGCAGAAACAAACAUUCAACUGAAAUCACUGCAACGUCAACUUCCUGUUGGACUCAGUGUGAUUGGACUUUAUUUUGUGUCAGAUGAUGAACCAUCCAACUCAAACACUGCCUCUAAAGAUUCUCACCAAAUAAUAGAUGAAGCAGUGAAGACUACCUUGGGCAUGGAAAGUUUGAUUAUUGCUCAUAUCCACAAUGAAGAUUCGGCUUUAACUGAAGAUCAUUUCUAUCUCUACAAUGUGAACUCUUCCAAAGCUGCACAAUGUGAUGUGAAGAUUGCCAGCGACUCUGCAACGCAGGAAAUGGACUUGAUUACAUUUAGAGUGCAGGCAAACUUGGACUUAAACAUCACUUACUAUAAUGAUCAUGGAGUGCAAGAAUCUUUAACUCAGAAGUUCAACAGUCUCAACAACAAGGUCCAAUCAUUUACAACCUUGUAUCAUGUCCAAAAGAGCAACGUUCUGAUUGGUCAGAGCGACAGUGACAUCACACUAGGGCCCCUGAACAGGGAUAGUGAAGCAGACGAUAUAAGUCAGCAUAUCAAAGAGGAGGACGAUGGAUUUAGUACACUACCAGUCAAAGGAGGGAAAAAACCUAAAAGGGACAACAAGAAUUCUAAUCAGGUUGUAGAUGUGCAGGUGUUGUUUAGACUCAGCAUUGAUGAAGACAAAGAAGAUUCACUUGGAUUGGUUCCUGUUUUACAUUAUCAAUUAUUUGAUGAUGGUUGUAAACGUUCCAGUCUGAGGCUUCCCAUUGAUGUUCCGGUAAUGGUUCAUAAAAACACACCAACUAAAGCCCUAGGGAAGAUCUUCGCUGAUGCAAUUUGCCGCCAACUACGUGCAAUGGAACAAUGCUUGAAGGAGUAUUAUAAGGAAAUUGGUUUGAGUUUCCCAAGGCCGUACCACUUUAAGUUGCCUCACGUUCCGUAUCUCUUGACCAUUGUUUAUCCAGUAGACUUGCCAGACGAUAAACUAGAAACCAAGAGGAGAGAGCUCCACAGUCAAUUCCUUCUUCCAUUGGACAGGCCGAUAUUCAGGAGAGCUAAUGCGUAUUCAUAUCCUGGGAGCGGGAAAGACGGUGGUUAUCUUAUCAAUACACACAUUGGUCUGGCACCCUCGGGAGUUGAGAACGGUCACCCAUCCCUCGUUCAAGGGAGCUACACGUACCACCACUACAUGCAAGACCACUUCAACGAUGAUAAAUGGGGAUGUGCGUACCGUUCCCUCCAGACACUAAGCUCAUGGUUCAGGCAUCAAGGCUACACCCAGACCCCUGUACCAACCCAUCGAGAGAUUCAACAGGCUUUGGUGGAUGUUGGGGAUAAGAAAUCUUCAUUUGUUGGAUCGAAGCAGUGGAUCGGAUCAUUUGAAGUCAGCACGGUGUUGAAUCAACUGUUUGGGGUCACAUGUAAACUGAUGUAUGUGAGUUCAGGAGCAGACAUGGCAGAGAAAGGAAGGGAGUUAUCAAUCCAUUUCCAGACACAAGGCACACCUGUCAUGAUAGGAGGCGGUGUGUUGGCUCAUACCAUCCUUGGUGUCGACUUCAGUGAGUCUUCUGGGGCUGUCAAGUUUCUUAUUUUAGAUCCGCAUUUCACCGGCAGUGAAGACUUGAAAGUCAUUCAAGACAAGGGUUGGUGUGGAUGGAAAGGAGUUGACUUCUGGGACCAGACUGCAUACUAUAACAUGUGCUUGCCUCAAAGAUCGAACGAGAUUUGAUUUGUCUGGACGGCGCCUCAGUCAGACUUGAGUUUUUAUUUCCGAGACACUCUCACAAUGUCUAGUUUAUUUAGACUUAAGGUAGUGUUAUAGAUUGGUUAUUGUCAAUGUAAUGCUGAUUUAUAUGCAAAGUUAUGCAAAAUUACAAUGCAAUCAUUUAGUGAGGUGACUGCGAAUACCAACUGUAUCUUUGGCCGCAGCAUUUGAGAAAAAACUCCAACCCUCAAAUCUGAGAAAUCUGAGACACGAUUCAUGCAUGAAUUCCUUUGUCAGAUUCUAAUGUUUUGGAGUGAAAAAAAUUAUGCAUAACCACUUUUUGAAGGGAAUCUUUUUCUGAAAUUAAUUGAUACUAUCAACAGCAGUAGGUGGCUUCUUAAUAAUCCAGUUUUUACGGCCAUUAAUAAGGGGAUAAAACGGCCAUUAAUUGCUGGUAAUACCAAUCUAUGACUCUUCCUUUAAAGACACUGGACACUAUUGGUAAUUGUCAAAGACCAGUCUUCUCUAAUGAUGUAUCUCAACAUAUG